AUGUCCAUCGGCAAGGUUGCGGCUCAGGUCGGCCACGCCGUGCACCAUUCCGUGACACAUUCAGCGUGGCGAGAUCUUAAAGAUUGGGAAGAGCAGGGCACAAUGGACCCCUUGCUUCCUCAAAGCGAUCACCUUGGCGAUGCUGUCGCUGCGGCUCUUCGUGCUGCUCUUCGAGUGCCACAAGCGCCACAAGCAUUCUGCCCCCAAUUCGCAGCUCAGCUGAAGGACCUCUCCUCUCAGUCCUGGUGGAAACAGGCUUGUCGAUUGCUGGAGCAGUCCGGUGUCACACCUCAUCCCGUCUAUUUUGCAACGGCAAUUGCAGCCUGUGCCAGGGCUGCAGCAUGGGCGCAGGCCAUGCAUGUCUUGCACAGCAUGGGCAGAUUGCGAAUGAGCCCCAAUAUAGUCGCACACAAUUCUGCAAUAAAUGCCUGUGCGAGAGCCCGGAUGUGGCAAGCGAGCCUGGCGUUCCUUGCCGCAAUAACCUCCCAGCGCUUGCAACCUAGCACCGUUACUUUGAACUGCUUCAUCACUGCUUGUGAGAAAGCAGCGCAGUGGCAGCAUGGAUUGCUCCUUCUCUCAUGGGCCAACGAUGUCAUGUUGAGUCUUGACACGAUCACCUUCAAUUCGGCGCUGAGCACCUGUGAGAAAGGAAGUCAGUGGCUGCCCGCGAUGAAGUUGCUUCAGUCGAUGGACACGACAAAAGUUGAGAUGGACGUCAUAUCUGCCAGUGCUGCACUGUGCGCUUUGGAACGGAGUAGCAAAUGGGAGGAUGUUUUGCUACACAGGCAGAACUCGUUCUCAAACCAAGCCCCUGUUGUAAGUUUGGGCAUUCGUGCAUUAGGCCAGGAGUCGCAUUGGCAAGCGGCAAGAGAACUCCUCCGUGAAGAAUACAAGCAGUCCAUGCAGCCUGACGUGAAGCUUCUCGGGUGUUCUGUGUCACUGUUUGCGAAAGCAGCAACGUGGCAUUUAGCACUCGACCAGUUGGAUGUGGCUGCUUGCAUGGAUACCAAAGCGGAUCACGUAGCAAUUACAGCUGCUACAUCGGCACAUCUGUCUGCCAGCCAAUGGCAGCUCCCCAUGUUGUUGCUUGGAACAGCCAUGUGGCGAGAUGCAGCGGGUGUCAGCCUGGUGCUGUCCGGACUAGAAAAAGCUACCUGCUGGCAGAUGGCAAGUUUAGUGUUCCACCAAUCCCCUGCACAGCGCGUACGCCCGAGCACCGUCAGCUGCAAUGCUGCGAUCGCAGCAGCAAGCAGUGUAGCCUGGCAACAGUCGCACCUCAUGAUGUCACAGCUUCAACGACACACAGUCAAGAGUGACGCCGUGACUUUUGCAUCAUGCACUACCGUGGGCCCAGCGGAAGCUGCACCUGGCUCACCUGGCCUCUGGAAUAUAUCCAUGUGGAUCCUCGAUCAGAUGAAGAGCCGUGCUGUGUGUGCGAACACUGUCGUUAUCGGAACGGUCAUGACUUCGCUCGAAGGACAGCAGAGGUGGCAGCAGGCUCUUGACAUAGUCAGGGUUGUGGCACGAGCCCGAAUGAUCUUGAAUGGUGUUCAAGUCGGGACACUUGCCGCCUGCAUGCACCAGGCAGCCGGCCCUCGCUUUGCACGUGAAUUUCUGGAAAACAUGCGGCAAGUUUGGCUGGAAGCAGAAGUUUGCACAAGCAAUCCGGAACUAAGAAGAACAUCUCACCAGGUCAUAGCAGAAAUGCCCGGAAUCUUCGCAAUAUCCAAACCAUAUGGCUCCGCUACUGAACAGGUUCUGAGACAGCUUCAGGGUGAGCUGAGAUGCCGGCUCUCGAUCGCUUCACGCCUAGACUACGGAACAUCUGGCGUGCUUCCCAUCGCUGUUGGCUCGGAAACAUCGACCGCUACCAGGUGGCUGCAAGCUCAAUUCGCCGCCAGGGUGGUUCACAAGCACUACAUGUGUUUGUGCGCGGGCGACCGCCAGCUGACAACAAAUGGGAGAUUGAAGACUGGUAUCCGCACAGUUGCCAAAGGGUUGCAGGCAUGGGUUUCGGAAGUUUCGCAAGAAGGAAGCGUCGCUGUCACUGAGUAUGCGGUUUGCGCCAGAUACGAGGAUCCUAGAAACAUGGAGAACCGAUUCUGCUUAUUGUCCGUCCAGCCGCUGACAGGUAGGACGCACCAAAUCAGAGUCCACAUGGCAAGCAUCGGCCUCCCCAUUGUGGGUGACGCGCAGUAUGGCAAGAGGGCUUUCGAUACAAAUUGCCAACGGCUGUUUUUGCACUGUUACAAGUUGCAAAUCAUGGGGCUUGAUGGGCGGCUGGUGCAUCUGACAGCAGAACUGCCACAAGAGCUAGAACUGACGUUGGCACAGCUGCAGUUAAUUGAGGGGACCUCAGCCUUUGCGGGGCGUUCAGUCGAAAGACUCGGGAAUGCAAGAGAAAUGUGUGAAGCAGAAUUGCAGGAUCUACUGCAAAAAGCGAGGUCCAAGGGCCUUCUGGCCGAGACCAUUCAAGAUGCUGGCCAUACAGAGGUGGAGCCAGGCACCACCACCGUCUUGGCCAUUGGCCCUGCCCCGGCGAGGCGCUUGGAUGCUGUCACUGGGCAUCUCAAGCCCUUGCCGGACAGAGCACAGCAAAUGGAGAAGCAACACAAGAAGCUGUUGGAACGGGCGGAUCGCUUGCAAAAAGAAGUGGACGAGGAAAAGAGGAAAACCAAGAGGCUGGUGAAGCAGCUAGGCACCUGGAACCAGCGUUUGUAA